GGGUUGAAGCUCGCCUUGGGUUCUGGAAGCAUCCACCAAGGCCCGCUCUGUCAUGAAGCUCGCCACCACCAUCCUGGUGCUCUCUGUGGCCCUGCUCAGCCACUCUGGUGAUGCCUUCUUUGUGGAGUCCCUGGCUAAGCCUGUGGCUGAACCCAUAGCAGCCCUGGCCCCCGCUGCAGAGGCUGUGGCUGGGGCUGUGCCCAACCUCCCUCUGCCCUUCAACCCCCUGAAGCUCAUGCUGGCCAGCCUGGGCAUCCCAGUGGAGCACCUCAUAGAGGGUUCUAGGAAGUGUGUUGCUGAGCUGGGUCCUGAGGCUGUGAGAGCUGUGAAGAUGCUGCUGGGGGCCCUGACUCUCUUUGGUUGAACCAAGAAUGGAAUAACACUGACUCAGGACAAGCUGCUGCCCACCUCAAGGACGGGAAACCCUGCUUCCAUCCUGAUGCUCCUACCUUCCCCAAUAAACAUGGCUGAGCUUUGAA